UUGGAUUUGGAAGUUAUUGAGCUGUUAUUGGAGCUUGAAAUACGAGUGGUGGUCACUCGUACUCACAAGUUGCAGCCUUUGAUUGAGAGGUUCGCUUGUUCUUGGUUUUCGUUGAACACCUUUAGGGCGGUGGAUCAGUUCGACUUUAUGCGGAGGGCGUAUCCUGAAGCGGACGACGUGCAAAUUAAAGAAGCUCUAAGCUCACUCAAUGGUAAAAUUGACGGCUCCCUAAUGGGUAUUCCGUUACAGAUAAAGCAUUUCGUCGAUAUAUUUGAUAACAUUGAGCAGUACACGGAAGAAGAAGAAAAUAUGAACCUCCUGUUCUUGUACGUGAAAUUUUUAGACAAACAUCUACGCCACCACGGCAAGUUAAGGAUACGUCUCAUUGAGCAACUUGUAAACUUUUAUUCAGUCCGGAACUACUGGAGGAUAUCGUCCAAAUCGAUGAGGAUGACUUAGACGAGUUCUUCAACGAGUUUGUAAGUGACAACAAGAAAGAUUUCAUCAUAAGCGGCUUCUACGAUAACAUGCCCCUAUUUGUGCAUCGAACUUAUGCCGAAUUUUUGGCCGCACAAUAUUUGGCCAAUAAAAAAAAAUUAGGGAAAGAAAUUUACGACUUGUUAUACGAAAAUCCCGACUUGACCAAAUGCAGACACUUCUUUGAUUUAAAUGUUUGUAAAGACUUGGAUUUACCGUCAGCCCUUUUGAACAAUAAUUUGAAACAAGUUAGAAACAUCUUGGAUAACUCUCAGGAUGAAGUGUCACUGAAGGGUGUGCUGCAGAAAGCAGACAAGUUUAAGAGGACCACCCUACAUAUUGCCGCCGGUUAUGGACGAAGACAUGAUCAAAUCAGCUUCAAAGAACCAAAUAAAUUACAAAUGAAUGUUGUUAAAGAAUUUUUCAAGGUAGAUAUAAUAAAACUGAUAAUAUCCAAAAUGCAAACCGUUGAAAUAGAAGUGAAGGGUGAUAAAUGGGAUUACGAUCCUUGUGACUAUGCCCUGGUGACACGUUCAUUCGACAUUUUGGACUUGUUAUACGCCAUUUUACCCAACCUAUCACCUGAUGCACUCAAUAAAGCAAAGGAAUUGAUUUUUGCUAGUGCCACAUUUGAUUACCCCAACAUAUUUAGGUGUCUUCAAGAGACUGGUAGCUUCGACAACAUUAUUACUGAUCCCAAUUUCGAAGGCAACUUAACAGAAACCAAGUUGUUCUUAAAUCAGUCCUUAGUAACUAUAUGUGCAAUGAAUGGUAGUAAGGAAAUGAUUAAAUUGUUACUGGACAAAAAACUCUUUCUAAUAAACAAAAAGUACCCCGCAGGUAUGAACAAUUCCACAAUAUUAUCCACGGUGAUAAAAAACAUUAAGUCCCCAAGCCAUGCCCAACUAAUUGAAGAGUUAAUUAACAGGGGAGCAAAAGACGUUUUUGAACCAGGAGAGAACACCUUGUUGCACGAGAUGGUGUUUAUGUUUUGCUAUAAUCGUUUGCUGAAACACGUGCCACAGCUCAUACUUAAUACAGACACUCCAAACUAUGUUAACUCUAAAAAUCGUCUGGGCGAGACUCCUCUAAUGAUGGCCCUGAUGAGGUGCGAAGAUUCCGAGUUCAUCGACGUCUUACUACAAAAUGAUGCCAAUGUGAUUGAGAAGUCUCGCAAUGGUCAAAACCUGUGGCAUUACUUGUCUAAAAAUGAUAUUGAGAGUAGGAACGUAAUAGAGAUUGCUUCGAGGUUUUCCUCGCGGGAUGAUUUGAGGAACAUGAUCAACGAAGCUGACCACGAAGGAAGGACACCGAUCAUGGAAGCAAUAUUAAAUUGUCAGGGCAAUAUCCGGGUUGUUAAUUUCUUAAUUGAAAACGGAGCAAAUAUAUCGGUCAGAGAUAAGAGGGGGAACAACAUUUGGCAUUACUUGAGUCAAAAUAUGUUCAUGAACGACAAUAAAAAAAUAGAAGUAUCGAAGAAUUUACGUUUUGGUGAAACCCCAAGCAUAAUUGAUGAAGAGAAUCAUGCGGGGAACACGCCGCUGAUGGAAGCGCUGGCCUCUUUCCAAGGAAGCACCACGUUCAUUGACUUCUUAAUCAAAAAUGGGGCGACACCCUUCGUGAAGGAUAAAAAUGGCAAUAACGUGUGGCAUUAUUUGAGUUUGUAUAACGUGCGUACGGUACAAAAUGCGAAGUUGUUGAUAUCAAGUUUUGGUGAUGGUGUUCGUUGUUGGAUCAACAAAGGGAAUGGAAGGGGAGUAACUCCUUUAAAAAUGGCUCUGACUUCUAAACGUGGAAACGCCUCACUUGUUAAUUUCUUAAUUUAUAAAGGGGCGAGUAUUUCCAAUCUGGACGCAAAUGGGGGCAACAUUUUCCAUUAUUUAAGCAAAAAUAGAUUCAUAGAUGAUCGAAGAAAAGUGAUGCUAUCGAGGGAAAUAAUUGAUGAUGAAGUGCGAAGAAUGAUUGGUUAUGUUGAUCAAGAAGGAAAAACGGUCUUAAUGGAGGCUUUAGACAAUUACAUUCACAACAUCAAUUUUAUUAAUUUUUUAAUUGAAAAUGGGGAAACCAGUAUUGAUGUAGAUGGAAAUGGUAACAACACGUGGCACUAUUUAAGUAAAAACAAGAACAUACCGGAUGAAAAAAAAAUAGAGAUUGCAAAGUCAUUAAUGGUGCAUUUUGGAGAUGAAAUACAUCACGUGGUUAAUGGAGCCAAUCAAAAAGGCCGAACACCACUAAUGAAAGCCUUAAAAGGUGGUGAUGUAAAUAUGGCUUUUAUUGACUUCCUAAUUAAAAGUGGGGCAAACAUUUUAAGUAAAGAUAAAAGGGGUAACAACUUAUGGCAUUAUUUGAGUGCAUAUGGAUACACUAAUGAUGAAAAUAAAGUGCAAAUUGCUGAAAGAUUAAUAUCAAGAUUUGGUGAUGAAGUACGAAGUAAGAUUAAUGACCGCAAUGAAGAAGGAAAAACACCCCUAAUGAGAUCUUUGGAGUCAGUCAAUAAAAACUUCCAAUUUACUAUUUUCUUAAUUGAAAAUGGAGCUGAUAUUCUUAUUACAGAUAAUAAUGGAACAAACAUGUGGCAUUAUUUAAGUGGAAGUUACAUAAGUGACGAAAAUAAAAGCAAAGUUGCGACAUUAAUGUUACGUUGUGGCGAUAAAGUGAUUAAUAUAAUUGACGUAAGUAAUCAAGAAGGCAGAACACCUCUAUUGACAGCAUUAAUCUCUUGCGAAUUAAAUAAAAAAUUUAUUGAAUUCUUAAUUGAAAAGAGGGUAAAUAUUUUAAAUAAAGAUAAUAAUGGCAACAACGUUUGGCAUUAUUUGAGUAAACAUACAUAUGCUUUUAAUGAUAAUAGACUACAAAUUGCAUCUUUGUUGUUAUCACGUUUUGGAAAUGAUGCCCAAAAUAUCAUUAACGAUGCCAAUCAAGAAGGAGAAACACCUUUAAUGGAAGCACUGAAGACGUCCAAGAACAAUAUCAGAUUUAUCGAUUUCCUAAUUAAAAAUGGUGUAAACAUACAUAUUAAAGACAAAAAUGGAAACAGUUUAUGGCACUACUUAAGUCAAAAUAGUGUCAUGCAUGAUGAAAAUAAAUUACAAAUUGGUGAGACUGUAAUACAACGUUUUGCUGGUGAUGGACAAAACCUGAUUGAUGAAGUUAAUCAGGAAGGAAGGACACCGUUAAUGGAAGCUUUAACGUAUUGUAAUGAAAAUAUAUUUAUUAAUUUCUUAAUAGAAAAUGGACAAAACGUGUUCAAUAAAGAUACAAAAGGAAACAACGUAUGGCAUUAUUUAGGUAUUAAUAGACAUAUAUUUGAUGAAAGCAAAGUACAAAUUGGGGAAAGACUGAUAUCACGUUUUGGUGAUAAACUUCAAAAAGUGAUCAAUGAAGCCAAUCAUGAAGGAAUAACACCAUUGAUGAACGCAUUAAUGUCUUACGAUGAAAAUAUGACAUUUACUGAUUUUUUAAUUAAAAAAGGCGCAGACAUAUUUGCUAAAGACAAAAUUGGAAGCAACACGUGUCAUUAUUUAUGUAAAAAUAUACGCAUAACUGAUGAAAGGAAAGUGCAAAUUACAGAGAGGUUAAUAUCAUAUUUUGUUGACGAAAGGAACUUGAUUAAGGAAGCCAAUCAAGAAGGACGAACUCCUCUAAUGGAAGCAGCAAUGUCUUGUGAUCAAAGUAUCGUAUUUAUUGACUUCCUAAUUGAAAAAGGGGCGAACAUUUUCAGUAAAGAUAAUAGUGGAAACAACAUAUGGCAUUACAUCAGUAAAAAUAGAAUCAUGUAUGAAAAUAAAGUGACAAUUUCGAAGACAUUAAUGUCACGUUUUGGUGAUGAAAUUCAAAAAUUAAUUAACGAUAGGAACCAAUUAGGAAGAACACCUCUAAUGGAGUUGUUAAAUAAUUGCGACAUAGUGGAUGAAGCAAUUGGACUGUUUAUUGAAAGUGGUGCAAAUAUUCUCAACAAAGGUAAUAAUGGUAACAAUAUUAUGCAUUAUUUGCUCCAAAAUAAUUGCGAAUCUGAAGUUAAAAUGGAAAUUGCAUCGAAGUUAAUGUCUCAAUGUGGCAACGAAGUAAGGAAGAUGAUCGAAGAAGCUAACCAUAGUGGAAGAACACCUUUAAUGGAAGCAUUAGAAAAAUGUCAUGAAGAUGAUCUAAUUAAUUUCUUGUGUGAUAAUAAAUUAUAAAAUUUUUUCAUAAUUUUUAACAAUAUUUAUUAUAAAUUUAAUAUAAAUUCAAUACUAUGAAACACAUAAAUACACUCUGAUUUUUAUUGAUGAUAAUAAAGUAAUUACACAGUUUUAA